AAACGUUUCAAAUCCACUAAAAAUUUGCUUGUAAUCUUGCACACAAAUAUUCUAAGAACGAUAUUUUUCACAGAUUUAAUUUUAAUUAAAGACAAUUAAGAUGCCGGAUCAUUUGGGAGAUGAUAUGCGAAAAAUAAAAGAGGAAAAAGAGGAGCCCGAAAAGGAAAUUAAAGCAUUGGAUGAAGGGGAUAUAGCACUUCUUAAAACCUAUGGACAAGGGCAAUACACAAAGACGAUUAAAACAUGUGAAGAAGAUAUUCAAACGAUAAUCAAAAGGGUAAAUGAAUUAACUGGUAUAAAAGAGUCUGAUACUGGUUUAGCUGCACCAGCUUUAUGGGAUCUAGCAGCUGACAAACAAACCUUACAAAAUGAACAACCCUUACAAGUGGCCCGUUGUACGAAAAUUAUCAAUGCCGAUACAGAUGAUCCCAAAUACAUUAUAAAUGUUAAGCAGUUUGCCAAAUUUGUAGUAGAUUUGGCGGACUCUGUGGCUCCUACAGAUAUAGAAGAAGGCAUGAGAGUUGGAGUUGACCGGAAUAAGUAUCAAAUUCAUAUUCCUCUACCUCCAAAAAUUGAUCCUACUGUGACCAUGAUGCAAGUUGAGGAGAAACCUGAUGUUACAUACAGUGAUGUUGGUGGUUGCAAGGAACAAAUUGAAAAGUUGAGGGAAGUUGUUGAAACACCUUUACUUCAUCCUGAAAAAUUUGUAAAACUUGGUAUUGAACCACCAAAAGGUGUUCUUCUUUUUGGUCCCCCUGGAACUGGUAAAACUCUUUGUGCUAGAGCAGUAGCCAAUAGAACAGAUGCCUGCUUUAUCCGUGUAAUUGGUUCUGAAUUGGUUCAGAAGUAUGUAGGAGAAGGAGCAAGAAUGGUUAGAGAACUUUUUGAAAUGGCUAGGUCAAAGAAGGCCUGCUUGAUAUUUUUUGAUGAAAUUGAUGCUAUUGGUGGAGCCAGAUUUGAUGAUGGCGCUGGAGGCGAUAACGAGGUACAACGUACUAUGUUAGAACUUAUUAAUCAAUUGGAUGGUUUUGAUCCUAGAGGUAACAUUAAAGUACUUAUGGCUACAAACCGUCCAGAUACUCUAGACCCUGCCCUUAUGAGACCUGGUCGUUUGGAUCGUAAAGUUGAAUUUGGACUUCCAGACCUUGAAGGAAGAAGUCAUAUUUUCAAAAUUCAUGCUAGAUCGAUGUCUGUUGAGAGAGAUAUUCGUUUUGAACUUUUGGCUAGGUUGUGUCCAAAUUCCACUGGGGCUGAAAUCAGAAGUGUUUGUACUGAAGCUGGUAUGUUCGCUAUAAGAGCAAGGAGGAAAGUAGCUACCGAAAAAGACUUCUUAGAAGCUGUAAAUAAAGUGAUUAAGUCAUAUGCCAAGUUCUCUGCUACACCAAGAUAUAUGACUUACAAUUAAUUUUAAAGAUUUUCUAAUUAUCGAAUUAUUUAAAUUGCGUUUCUAAAUAAAUAAUCCUUUUUU